AUGGUUUUAUCACCAGCCAGUUCGUAUUUGUUGAACCAUUCUAUCUUGCAAAGUAGUAAAGAGCCGCUGUACGAUGGUGCGAACUUCAGUGAAUCCCAAAAUAAAUACUUACUUCUAAAAGCAAAAAAAGAGGCAUUGAAAAAAAAAGUUGAAUACCAAUCAGCAUACGCCAAAGCUCUAAAUUUACUAGGCGACAAGAAGAACAAAGAUAAUGGUAUCGAAAAACUUCUUGUAGAUUUCGAGGAUUCCAAAAUGUGUUUAAAGGAAACAGAGGAGAAAUGGCAGGUUGCUGAAAUCAGUCGGUUGUCGAAACUGGUGAGUACACUUAUGCAAGGGGCAUUGAAUAUAGAGAAGGAAAGCAAAAAGACCUCCAUUUCUAGUGAAGUACCAACAAUUCUUCACGCAUCUGUGAAAGAAGUGCAAUCGCAGUUGGAAAGACUUGAUAUAUUGGAGGAUCCAGGUCCUUCCUCAGAUAUGUCUGUACCCUCCAUCAUUGCUGAUCUUCAGAGAAUCAGCAAAGCACUGGCUAAGAUACCGUCAAAUUUGAAAUCUAAUGAGAUUCAUGAACCAUCUCGAAUCUCUAACUCUUCUUUGGAUAAAGAGACUUUGGCGAAUAUUCUCCUAGAUUGGCAAAAGUUGGGUGCAGAACAAAAUACAUAUUUACGAGAAAUAAGCAAUUCUGGAAAUGUCACUCCUGACUGCUUGCUUCAAUUACGACAAUACUUUUUUCGCAGCGAAUUGCUUUCUGAGAAAUUAUACAAUAUCUGUUCCUUCAAUGAUGAAGCAGACAACAAUCUUCUGUAA